UGAUAAAGAGCUGUGCUGGUUGCGCCCAGUUUCAAACCGUCGUGGCCACCGAUUAUGAGUCUGAAGUGAAAGAACUAUGCAGAAAACAAACAGCCACCCCCAAAAUGGCUCCUCAAUACGCUCCUAGUCUGCGUUCCCGUUUGGCUCCUUUACUGCUUAUUCUGCAAACUGGAUUCAUCAUCAUAGCUGCACUGUGCUUUGAAACCAAAGAAACCAACAAACUCGACAGGAAACCCUUCCUCCACUAUUACCCAGAGUUCCAGGAUGUGAAUGUGAUGGUGAUUCUUGGUUUUGGCUUCCUGUGCACCUUCCCAGUUCGGUAUGGGUUCAGCGGCUCUGGGUUCAACCUCCUAGUUGCCAUCAUUGCCACCCAAUGGGCUCUUAUACUGAACGGCAUUGACUCCUGGUACAACACCAAGAUAAUCAGAAUUGAUUUGAAAAGCAUUAUAAAGGCAGAGUUAUGUGCCGUUUCUGCACUCAUUUCAAUCGGAACCGUACUGGGAAAGACAAACCCAGUCCAGCUCACCCUGAUUGCCCUGCUGGAAGUGACAGGAUUCGUCCUGAAUGAAUGGCUCCUCCAGACGCUCCUGAAAGUGCGGCCUCCGAACAGCAUCAUGUUGCUUCAUGUCUUCGGGGCCCUCUUUGGACUCAUGCUGACGUGGAUCCUGUACAGAGAUGGCUCAAAGCAGGGAUUUGAGAAGGAGAAAUAUGACGAGAAAUCAGGAUUGUUCUCAAUGUUGGGCGUUGUGUUUCUCUGGAUGUUUUGGCCCAGUUUUAACUCGGUACUGGUGGAUGAUCGAACCCGUCUGAAAGCGGUGUGCAGCACCUACCUGGCCCUUGCCGUUAGUGCUGUGACAGCAGCCGCUCUGGCUGUGCUCUCCAGUCCCAGGGGAAAACUCAACCUAAUCCAAAUGCAAUCAUGCAUCCUUUCGGGCGGCGCUGCUGUUGGGGUUUCGGUGUCGGUAGUUCAGCAGCCGUGGGAAGCCAUGGCACUCGGAUUCACUGCUGCCAUAUUGUCAACCCUGGGAUACAGAUAUCUUAAGACCCACUUGCUGAUUGCAUUUGAGUGCCAUGACACCUGCGCUGUUCUGAGCACACAUGGACUUCCUGGUCUGCUGGGGUGGCUUGCACAACUGGUCCUGCAGAUUAAAGACUCUGAUGACCACACUGUGGCUGUCCGUUUUGCUGUGUUUCACAUCUGCACUCUCUUUACUACCGUCUCUUUAAGUUUGUCCAUGGGAACCCUAACAGCCUUUCUCCUCAAGUGGAAGUUUUGGAGACCCCCACAAAACAAAAAAUGCUUUGAUGAUCAGGCUUUCUGGGAGGUAUUCACACAUAAAUCUCAAAGGAAAAAAAAUAUCAGAAACGAUCAAAACUAUUUCAGAGAAUCACAUUAAUUUCUGUUAUGUGAACUUGAUGUUUUGCGUUUUGCAGUUUCCCAACCUCGUGGUACGGAAGUGAGAAGAUGAAGGAAAAAGAUGAUCAGCUCUCAUUUUGGAUAUGGCAUUUCUACAUUAAUCUUUGCUACUGAUCAUAACUUUUAUAAUUUUGUUUUUCUGAAGAGUAGAAAUUAGUUGUGUUUGUGCGA